GCGGGCGUAACCCUUCGGUAACCAUGUUCAUGGUUGUGUGAGCAAGUGGAAAGGGGAGGAGUAAGCCGGCGGCGGAAGGGAAUCUCCCGCCAUUUUUCAAUCCCUUCUUUCUCUUUUUGUGUGCUUUACCAGAGCGGGAAACCGGUUGGGGACUGCAAGUGACAGGCGGGACUAUCAUCCCACGAGAAGCCCGGCCUGAAGCUCAGGACAGCUAUCGCUGUCUCCACACCCGCGCAGCCUCUCGCCUUGUUCCCGGGAUGGCGCCGCUGCUGGGCCGCAGGCCUUUCCCUUUGGUGAAGCCGCUGAGCGAAGCAGCAACAGGCGAAGGCGAGGAGGAAGUGUACAUGAUAGAGCACAGCAAGGAAGCCUUCCGGAGCCGAGAAGAGUACGAGUCCCGCCUGGAGCGCUAUGCAGAGAGGAUCUGGACAUGCAAGAGUACAGGAAGCAGUCAGCUGACUCACAAAGAGGCUUGGGAUGAGGAGCAGGAAGUUGCUGAACUAUUAAAAGAGGAAUUCCCAGUAUGGUAUGAGAAGCAGGUGUUGGAGAUGGUUCAUCAUAACACCAUAUCCUUGGACAAGUUAGUAGACCAGUCUUGGAUGGAGAUCAUGACUAAAUAUGCUGAUGGAGAGGAGUGUGACUUUGAGGUUGGUCCGGAAAAGUAUUUACGUGCAAAAAUUGUGAAAGUGCACCCAUUAGAGAAAGAGGAACAGGCUUCUGAGAAAAAAUCUGAGGGUUCUUGUGACUCUCCAUCCAGUGACAAAGAAAACUCCAACAAAGUAGCUCAGGACAUCCAACUGAAGGAGGAGAGCAACAGAUUGGAAAGCUUGAGCAGCUUAAGGGAAAGUGACCGAGCUCGGCGUUCACCUCGUAAGCUCCCCACCAGCUUAAAAAAGGAAGAGAAAAAGUGGGUCCCACCUAAAUUCCUUCCUCACAAAUAUGAUGUGAAACUUCUCAAUGAAGACAAGGUAAUCAGCUUUGUUCCUGUUGAUAGUCUGUACCGCUCAGAACGCCCUCCGAACAAAGAGAUCCUUAGAUACUUCAUUCGACAUAAUGCGCUCCGCAUCGGCACUGGGGAGAAUGCCCCUUGGGUAGUAGAAGAUGAGCUGGUGAAAAAGUAUACUCUACCAAGCAAGUUCAGCGAUUUCUUAUUGGAUCCUCAUAAAUAUAUGACACUCAAUCCAUCAUCGGCAACAAAAAGGAAGAGUCUUGGAUCCCCUGACCAGAAACCAGCCAAGAAAAGCAAAAAAUCACCACUUAGCCCUUCCUCGUGGAGUCUGGCGAACCUUAAGAAAACAGCAGUUAACAGUUCCUCCUCAGAGGAGGAAAUGCAGUUAAUGAUUGGUGCAAACUUAAACAAAAAAGGUUCGAUUGGCAAAAAAUCGGACAAGAAGAAACCUAAAAAUGGCAAAUCGCAGGUACUGAAUGGCCAAAAAAUUUCUGCCAAAACCCGCUCUCCUAAAAAGGGGUUGAAGAGCCCAAAGCUUAAACAAAUGACCUUAUUGGACAUGGCUAAAUCUACUCCAAAAGUGUCACGGGCCCAAAAAGGUGGUUCAAACACGCCUAGGUCAAGCAGCAAACCCAACAAAUACCUUCCCCCUGCUGCUCUCCACUUAAUUUCCUACUACCGUGACAACAAGAAUCGCGAAGACCGUAAAAGUGCUCUGUCUGCACUGAUUUCUAAGGUGGCUCGAAUGCUGUCUGCUGAGGACCGUAAAAGGCUGCCUGAUGAUCUGCAGGAACUGGUUCAAAAGCGCUAUGAACUGCUUGAGCAUCGCAAGCAGUGGGCAGUGAUGACAGAAGAACAACGCGAGGAAUACAUGCGCAAAAAGAGAGAGGCGUUGAAAGCCCGUAUUAAGGAGAAAACUCGGGAACGGAAACAGAAGGAGAGAGAAGAACGUCUGGAAAAACAAAAGAGAUAUGAGGAUCAGGAUCUAACUGGCAAAAGCUUGCCAACUUUCAAACUUGUAGAUACCCCAGAGGGACUACCAAAUGCAUUGUUUGGGGAUGUAGCAAUGGUAAUAGAGUUUCUCAGUGGCUAUUCAGACCUGCUUUUACCAGAUGGGCAGUACCCAGUGACUGCUGUAUCCUUAAUGGAAGCUCUUGCUGCGGAGAAGGGUGGAUUCAUGUACCUUAACAGAGGACUUGUUGUGCUACUUCAGACACUACUACAGGAUGAGAUUGCUGAAGACUAUGGAGAGCUUGGUAUGAAAUUAUCAGAGAUUCCUCUCACGUUACACUCUGCCUCUGAGCUGGUUCGCCUUUGUUUACGUAAAUCAGAUUCACCCGCUGGGGAAAAUGAGUCCAUAGAGAAAGGAGAUGAAGAUAGUGAGGGAUCUGCUGUCUACCAAGAUGAUGAGGUGGAAGAUGAGUAUCUUGAGAAGUUGGAGACAUCAGAGUUUUUUGAGUUAACAACAGAAGAGAAACUUCAUAUUCUGGCUGCCCUCUGCCAUCGUAUUCUGAUGACUUACUCUGUGCAAGAUCAUGUGGAUGCAAAACAGCAGCGUUCGGGUGAGCUGUGGAAAGAAAGGCUGGCUAUCCUUAAAGGUGAAAACGACAAGAAACGCGCUGCAAAACAAAAAAGAAAAGAACAGGGAACUAUAAAGCCCAAGGAAGAAGUGCAGGCAGCAAAUAUUGUGAAAAAACAAGAGAAGAUCAACACAUUGCAACAGGACAAUGAUGCAGAAGAUAUGAUAAGUGCAGUAAAGAGCCGGAGGCUGCAAGCCAUUCAGGCUAAAAAAGAAAAGGAAGAACAUGAGAAGCUAACAAAAGAGCGAUUAGAAAGGGAGGCAGAAGAAGAGCGAUCCCGCAAGCAAAAAGCAUCGGCUGAGAAAGCAUUUCAUGAGGGCAUUGCAAAAGCAAAAUUAGUUUUGAGAAGGUCUCCACUUGGCACAGACCGCAACCACAACAGGUAUUGGCUGUUCUCGGAUGAAGUUCCUGGACUGUAUAUUGAAAAGGGCUGGGUGCAUGACAGCAUUAAUUACAACUUCAGCCCCCCUGGAUCUGAAGAAGAGUAUGAACAGGAUGCUGAAGAAAGUGAAGAUGCAAACAGCAGUAUUGGCUGCCCUGAUGAUUCUACUCAAAGAGAAGAAAAACAUGUAGAGAUGACUGUGCCCAAGCAGGGGCAGAACUUAUGGUUCCUCUGUGAUACCCAGAAAGAACUUGAUGAGCUUCUUGAUUCUCUGCAUCCGCAGGGCUUCAGAGAGAGCCAGUUAAAAGAGCGUUUGCAAAACAGGUAUCAGGACGUUCUACACUCCGUUCAUCUUGCUCGUAAGCAGAACUUGGGGUUAAAGACCUGUGAUGGGCACCAAGAGCUUUUAAAUUUUUUGCGCAGUGAUAUAAUUGAAGUUGCUACUCGCUUGCAGAAGGGAGGCUUGGGAUAUCUUGACGAUACAACAGAAUUUGAAGCAAAGGUGCGAACACUUGAAAAUCUUAAGGAUUUUGGAGAAUGCAUAGUGUUUCUCCAGGCUGCUGUCAUCAAAAAGUUCUUACAGGGUUUCAUGGCUCCAAAACAGAAAAAGCGUAAGCAUCAGUCCGAGGAGGCAGCGGCAAAAGCAGAAGAGCAAGAUGAAGAGAAGAAAAUGGCAGAAGAAGCAAAAGUUGCAUCAGCUGUUGAGAAAUGGAAAACUGCCAUUCGGGAUGCCCAAACAUUUUCUCGCAUGCAUGUCUUGCUAGGCAUGUUGGAUGCCUGUAUCAAGUGGGAUAUGUCUUCUGAAAAUGCACGGUGUAAAGUGUGCCGCAAGAAAGGUGAAGAUGACAAGCUAAUUCUGUGCGAUGAAUGUAAUAAAGCAUUCCAUCUCUUCUGUCUGCGACCAGUAUUGUUUAACAUACCCGAUGGAGAAUGGUUGUGUCCUGCAUGCCAACCUGCAACUGCCAGACGAAGUUCUCGGGGCAGAAAUUAUGCUGAAGACUCCACUCAAGAUGAAGAUGAAGAGGAGGAGGAAGAAGAAUCUGAGGAGGAAGACGAGGAGGAAUCGGAUGAAGAGGAGGAGGAGCAGGAAAUGAUGGGACAGAGAUUGAGAUCCCGCAAAGCUGCAAAAGGUAAACCGGGCCGGCCUGCUCGACGUGGGCGUCCACCAAAGAACAAUAAUCAUUCUCGUGUCUCACGACAACGAUAUGAGGAAGACAAUGGAGCUGAUGUUGAGGAAAUGGUGCGUCAAAGCAAACCCACCUCUCGCCGCCAGAACCAGGAGCUUCAUAAGUGUGAGGAGAUUUUGGCAAAACUCAUAAAGUACCGAUUCAGCUGGCCUUUCAGGGAGCCAGUCAGUACUGAUGAAAUAGAAGGCUACACAAAUGUGGUGACAACCCCAAUGGACUUCCAGACCAUGCAGAGCAAAUGUUCAUGCAGUAGUUACCAGACCGUGCAGGAAUUCCUUAAUGACCUGAAACUGGUAUUUGGAAACACAGAGCUGUAUUACCAACCUGGAAGUUCUCAGUUGUCCUGCUUGGAGAAGACUGAGCAAUGUGCCCGAGACCUACUUGGCAAACAUCUGCCAGCACACACUUAUCAGAGGAGACAUCGUAAGCACCAGGCUCCUGAGCAAGAGCCUGAGACGGCAAACCCCGGGCGGGGGCGCAAACGGAAGAAAUGAAACCCAUCAAAAAAGGGAGAGGGUUUGGGGUAGAGCUUGCGGAAGAAUUGAGGGAAAUGUAGAAAUGGAGAGUUGGGGUGGCAGAACCUGGUGUUUUCCCUCUGAUCCCAUACAUACCUUGACGUUUUUAAUGCAUCGGAGAGAAUUUGUUGAAAAGAUAAAUACAGACGUGGGGAAGUCAGAAGCUAAAUCCAUUUAUAUUGUAGUGUUUCCAAAAUUCGAUUUCUAUUGCCCACCAACUAAAACUGCUGCUAUCUGGUUUUGUCAUGGAACCCUCUCACUUAAGAGGAUGCGGUUUAUAACUGAUCAUGUCUAUAAGAUAACAGCUAUGCUUCAUUUUGGCAUCUUCGUUUUGUUUUCUAUCUCAGCCUCCACAUUCGCUGCAUAUUCCCAGUGCUGCACAUAGUGCUUUGUUUAGAGGGAGGGGGAUCGCAAGGGCAGGGGGUUCUUUAUUGUUCGGGAACCUUCCUAAGAAAUGAUGUAGUAAGUGUAUUUCUCAGUUACAGAAUUAUUUUAAUCAGGAUAAUGAUUAUUAUGAGCUUUCUCUGACUUUUUUUUGGCGAUGUUCUGCACUUAGCCUGUCCGUUAAACAAGUGGCUGUACUGCGUCUGACUUCUGUGAUAUAUCCUCUAUCUACCCUUUGUAUUUAUAGAUUACCAGUCCUCUCCUUCUCGUAAACGUUCCCCAGGCAAUCAUUGGGAGGCUUCCUAAGGCUGAAUAAAAUAAUGUAUCAUAACAUUCUAAAAGAAUCACCAGCUCCCCAACUUGGCCCGCCUCCCCGUGUAAAUGCCACCAGCAAAGACAAAUAACCGAAAAGACUGUUCUAGGAAGUGGAUUUUGCUACGUUCUCCUCUCCCAUUUAAUGGGUUAUUAAAUAUUUUUCCUCUGCCGACACAGGUAUCCAAACAGGAGAGUCACUUUUUUUUUUUGUGUAUUUUUUUUUUUUUUUGUACUGACUUUUAUUUCCCCUUUUUUUUCUAGAUAUUCAAUGUCUGCUUGUGAUCUUGUAUAAAGGGAGCCUUUGUCUGGGUUUGGCACAUGUACAGUACAGUUUAUAUGAAAACAAGUGUUUGCCUUUAUUAAUAUUAAAACCGAAGGAACAUGUGUAAAUCUGUCUGGAGUACACACUUUUCAUUGUUUAGGUUUUUUUCUAGUAAUUCCUCUUAUUUUUAUAUCUGUUUUAAGCAAUGUGGUUUUUAUAAUUAUGCCUCGUAAAAUUAAACUUUGUGAUCCGUGCAGCAUCACAUUUAUACUGA